GGAUAUUAUGAAAUCAGCACUGCUGCUGAAACUUAAUGAAGGUCGCUGGGAGUCCUCUCUCUCUCUCACACACACACACACACACAUACACCUCACCUUGCACUUAUACAUUCACACACACACUGAAUCUCAGCUCAGUCCCGGUCCUCUGCUACUCGAGUGAGGAGCCUGCCAGGGAUCGGACUGUCGCCUAAAGCGAAGAGGCCGAGCCGGCGUUGAUUCAAUUUUACAGCCCAGUCACUCUAUCUGAAGCUCCGAUUAGUCAGCCGAGGGAAACGAGAGGGAGAAGAAGAAGAAUAGUGAUGGCUAUGACCGAUAUUGCGGAGGAUGACCUGGAUGAGAUGAUGUGCGAAGAAGCGGAGGAUGUCUUCUUCCAAGACGGAGUGUCGUCCCGAGUCCCGGAGAUCAUGGCGGCCGGAACCCACUCCCCCGGAGGGCCCAACGGCAUAAUCCGGAGUCAGUCCUUCGCUGGCUUCAGCACGCUACAGGAACGACGCUCUCGGUGUAACUCUUUCAUGGGGAACUCAGCGGUGCAGAAGAAGCCUCAGUCCAAGCCAAAGAAGACCCACCUGUCGGGACACAAGGGAGGCAGCAGCUCCAGAGAGCCACAGCCCAAAAGACUGGAGGAAGUUUACAAUGCACUCAAACAAGGCCUGGAUGAGUAUCUUGAAGUUCAUCAAACAGAGCUGGACAAACUCAUGUCUCUGAUGAAGGACAUGAAGAGGAACUCUCGCCUGGGAGUGCUGUAUGAUCUUGACAAGCAAAUCAAAAGCAUUGAGAGAUACAUGAGACGUCUGGAGUUUCACAUGAGCAAGGUGGACGAGCUGUACGAGGCCUUCUGCAUCCAGAACCGUCUGAGGGAAGGUGCCAGCCGGAUGAAGCAGGCCUUCUCGGCCUCUCCCUCCACUAAAGGCACCAAAGAGAGCAUCGCAGAGGUCAACCGCCGCUACAAGGAAUACACUGAGAAUAUGGGCACGUUCGAGAGCGAACUGGAGAACCUGCUCGGAGAGUUUCAUAUCAAAAUGAAAGGUUUGGCGGGCUUUGCUCGGCUCUGUCCUGGAGACCAGUAUGAGAUCUUUAUGCGGUACGGUCGCCAGCGGUGGAAGUUGAAGGGAAGAAUUGAGGUGAACUCCAGACAAAGUUGGGACGGAGACGAGAUGGUCUUCAUGCCUCUCAUCACUGACCUCAUCAACAUCAAGGUGACGGAGCUGAAAGGCCUGGCCACUCACAUGCUGGUGGGCAGCGUGAUCUGUGAGACUAAGGAGCUUUUUACUGCCAUGCCUCAGGUGGUGGCUGUGGACGUCAACGACCUGGGAACCAUCAAACUCAACCUGGAGGUCACGUGGUACCCCUUCGACGUCGAGGACCUGACUCUGUCGUCUGGUAACGUGAGCAAAGCCACAGCACUGCAGAGACGAGUGUCAGUCUACAGCCAGGGCACGCCGGAGACCCCCACCUUCCAGGACACCUCCUUCUUUUCCACAUUACCAGAUGAUAUCUUUGAGAAUGGCGGCUGCGGCGUGGCCGAGUGCAAGCGUCUCUCCUUCACCUUCUCGGAAACCUCUGGUUCCACGCCCAGCCCUGCCCCGAGCUCCCACUCCCACCGCCACUCCAACCCUGAAAUCACAGUCACCCCACCAGAAAUGGACCUUUCACCUACACAAAUCCUCCCAACAAGGGAGGACUCCAUCGCUGAGGAGCAUUUAGUGGAGGAAGAAGAAGAAGAAGAAGAAGAAGAAGAGGAGGAGGAGGAGGAGGAGUACGAAGAGGAUGGGGAGACAGGUAGCAGAGGAAGUCGUGGCACCUGUGCCAGUAAUGAAGCUGAGGUGGCAGAGGACUCUGAGUGGGAGCGCACAGAGUCCCAGCGAAAUUCUGGCUCCAACUGCGGUUCAGCUGCUCCGUCCCUCUGCUCUGACGGCCACAUGUCUACGGUGGCUCCAGAGGAUGUUUUCUUAGAUCACACUGAUGAACUAAAACCAGUGGAACUGGACACAGAGGAGGCGGGCAGCCUGACCAGGCAGCUUGUGAAAAGGCUGACUUCUUCAGAAAUUGUGCCGCCAAGUGGGAGCUCCACGGAGGGAGGAGGAAGUCUGAGCUGGGCAGGAGAGGGGAGCAGGGCUUUCCUGGAGAGCAGCCUGGAGGAGGCCAUCCACAGCCUGCUGAUGAGGCUGGAGUCUCUGACCCACCGCUGCCGAGAGCUGCAGGACCUGGAGCAGGAAGUGAUGCGUCUGGAGGAUCUGCUCAAGUGUCGUCUCCCGGGUCACAGGAGCCGGUCGUCAAGCCUCAGUCUGACAGUGGAGAGUGCCCUGGAGAGUUUUGACUUCCUCAACACCUCUGACUUUGAUGACGAGGAUACUGGAGACUAUAACGCCAUCCUCAGCACCACCCCACAGAGGUCUCCGCUUUUUGAUGCAGACGGAGAAAGGAUCGGUGGCCAGCAUCCAGAAGCCAGAGGACACCUGAGUGAAGCCCUGACAGAGGACACCGGGGUGGGCAACAGCGUGGCAGGAAGCCCCCUGCCGCUCACAACUGGAAACGAGAACUUAGACGUGGCGAUUGUCAUCCACCUGCAGUACUGUUAUCACCUCAUACAGUUGUUAAGCAGCGGGGUAGGUGUGUGGCAGCGUCGCAGUCUUCUCCUCAAACUGUCCGCACAGACUCAGCUGUUAGAAGAGCUAGCAGAGAUCAGUGUGGACAGACUGGGAUCAAUUACAUCUGCUUCUGAUGUUCUCCCGGGCCUCGCAGAGCGCCCACAGCUGAUGACUUUGUGGUCAGAGUGCAGCGGGUCUGCAGGACUCUUUCACACCACACUGGACAGAGUGUUCAAACACAUGAACCAGCGCUACACAGCAGUGCUGCAGGAGACACACCCACACAGCGCUGACUCAGUCAUUGGUGUCGUAGUGGGUGAGAUGGUGGACAGGAACGAUUUGGUGGCGACACAAAGUUCCCUCGCUGCUGAGCUCUCCCAGGACGUCCUCACAGUGUUUCAGUUCCACAGCUACAUCUUACAGCAUGAAUUGCAGGACAUGGAGACACACCUGCUGCAUCUGGCCAGAGAAGAUGUGUUUGCAGAGGCUCUGUGCAGUGGGGAUUAUCCUCAGUGUCUAGCAGAGUUGGAGGAGGUGUCCGUGUCAUCCCUGUGGCCUAGAAACAGCACCCUGAGGGCCCUGGCCUCCCUGCUCACUGCAGAGGACCCUCGGGUCAACAAGGCAGCAGCCGACUACCUCUCUUCUGCAUCACACAGCCACUUCAGGACCAGAGCAGUGGAGUGCUACACCCGUGCGCUGUCGGAGGCUGGAGUUCAGAGCCAGAGGGCUGCCUGUUCGGCUCUCAGCUGUCUGCAGGCAGUAGAGAGCAUCAAGGCGGUGGUCUCGCUGUGUGAUUCAGCUGAUGAAGAGCUUCGCCAUGUCGCCAUAGAAACCCUGCUCACGUUUGGUGAGGAAGGGCGGCUGGCGUACGAGCAGCUGGACACGGUGCCGGGGGAAAUCAUUCGCCUGGGAACACGACGAGGAAACGCUGUCACCACUGCCUUCUGAGCCAUCGUGCCACCGAAAACAUCACAAAUGAUAUCUCAUCCUGACCUCGGAGGACAGCACUGCUCCUCCCUAAGCUACCACACGGCACAGGGCUGUUUAAUGACUGAUCACUUUAUUGAUCUGUUUUUUUGGCACAGACUUAAGGAUCUCCACAUUAGAUCACUGCUCUUACUGAUACUGCCUCCUGAAAGGAACUAACACCAAACAAACCGUCUUAACCACAAAAGACACACAACAGUAUACCCCUCCUGCACACACACACUUGCACUCCUAGUUCCUCCAUCAAGUCCACUUUCAGACACCCAUACACCCCCCGCCCCCCUUCUACUCCCUGCUUUCUGAGCCAAGCAAACCGGACACGUUGAGUUUAACUGGAGAGCACAUCUUUGACUAGACGCAAAGACGCUCAAAGCCGCUCCAAAGACUGUGGAAACUAGAAUGUGAGCAAUGCAUCUUCACAUAAGCUCUGUCAACAAACCACUGCACAAAACACUUGUAUCACUUACUCACUGAUUAACCAUCAUCUUGAUUGUUGCAGAGUCAUUCGUGUCACGUGGCAAUAUACUAACUAUGAUCUUUGUAUAAUCACUGUCUAUCAUUAGAGAUGUUUUCUGGCGCUUUCGGAGGAUUUGCACUGUUGUAAGGCAUGUAAAUAUGGCAUAUUUUACACGGCCGGUGUAAUAUAUGUGCUUGUUUUCGAAAUAUAUUUUUAUGUUCUGUUUUCUAGUACUGUUCCAUUUUGUGUUUCAGGGAUUCUUGUACGACUUGGAAGAUGUGUGUUUUGUGGCAAGUAGGACCAUUAAUAAGUUGAGAAUGGCUUUCUAAGAGGAAGCGAUGUUGUGGUUUAAAAGCCCUACUUUAACAGCAGUUUACAGUUGUGAAAAGAUUUUGACCUUUGGCUAUCUAUCAGUGGAGGAAGAGGAGAAACUGAAGGGCAGAUGGGAAACAGGUCAGCACAGUGCACACGUUUCACUCACUCAGCAGUUUAUAUCAGAGUUUCCUCAUACUUGCAGUUGAACAAGUGCAAUUUCUCUGUACAUACGUGACUCUUUAGCACCUAGCUGACAUGAGAAGACAUUUUGAGAAAGUCAGCUUUGACCAUUUGAGCCUUGAUGUGGCAGGCAGGCAGGCAGGUCUCCACAAAUACGCUCUUGUUAAUAUUUUUCCUACCAGGUACGGAGUAAGUCCAGGGCAAUACAUUCACACAGUAUGUGAGCUAAUGGCAGGAUUAGAAAUUAAGCUUUUCUUCUGAGAAGCUGCAGAAUGAAGUGUCCUGUUUUGGGUCUGAUUUAAUUCCAUCCUAACUGCAAUGUGGAAAAACUGACCCGAGGUAAGCGCCUAAUUCCACCUUUUGUCAUUGAAACUGUACUACUGAGUCUUGUGCUAGUGCACGACGACAAAACUCACAUUUGUUCACACAUCUUAUUUAUUAUUUACUUGGAAUUCUAAUAUUCUUUGGAGUUGUACUGUAAUAGUGCAGAGGACAUUGUUGUGUAUAUGAAAUGUAUAUUUAUGUUCUAUUUCGGAUCAGGUCUAGUACUUACUAGUACUUGUUGUUAUCAUGCAAAUGAUCUCAUGUUUAACUUUAUUUGGAGUUUUAUUUUGAAGGAAUUAUAUUGGAUGAAUUACUGUUUUGGAGAAGAUUAAGAUUUGCAAAUAGUCUAAUAAUAUUAUAGAUUUCUUUUCCCCAGAAGGUCUUGAACGUAACGGGACAUUAUAUAUUUGAAAUGUUACUUUACUUUUUUAAUUACUUAAGAUUUACUGUAACCAAAGGAAGAAGUGAUUUUUAAAUUAUAAAAGCUCAUAAUUCAUUAAAGAGAAUGUAUUUUUAGCAUUUCAACAUUUGCAUUUUGGCCAGAAUACUCAGACUUAUCUUUAAAAGCACAACUUAAAAAUAAGACAAACCCUUAAUAUAUGAAUCGUGUUUGGUUCUAACUGCACAGUCCAAAAGCCAUAUUGAAAAAAGCAAGUGGUAAUAUUUUUAUGAAAUGUAUUUUUCCUUUUGUAAUAUAAUCUGUACGUGUGUGAAGUUGUUACUAAAAACUGAAGAAGUUUUUUGUUUUUUUUAUAUACAGGUGUUUGCAAAACAUUGUCCAUAUUUUAAGUAACAGUUACUUUUAUUUCUUCCAUGAUGUGAAUAGCAUUGCAGUAUUUUGGUAAAGUUUCUUAUUCAUCCACUCAUUCAGUGUUGGUCCAUUUAUUUUUUGAUUGAGUUACUUUCUUUUUACAAACUUGCAGUUUACCAGUGUUAAGUCAAGUUGAGUCAUUGGCAGUUCAAAUCCUAAUUACCACAAAGUACAAGUUGUCAAAAUGUGCACAUCUUUAAUUAUUUAGAGACUGGUUUUAAGAAUAACUUGGUACACUUUUCAGAAAUUGAUCUUUAUCCAUCUCUGUGGUCAAUUGCUUCUGUACUGAUCAUUUAAUUGCAUACUACACUUCUCCAUUGUGGUUAGCAGUAUUUCCUCUGCUCAUCAAAAGUUGCAAUAAAGUUUAUUUUUGCAUAAUUAAAACUA